AUGUCUCAGCAAACUUCGUUAAGCCAAUUUUUUAAAAAAUCCAAUGAUACAAAUGUUCUACAAGUUGACCAUCACAAAUCUUCAGUUUCCGUAAAUGUAGAGAAAGAAGAAGUUCUUAAAAAAAUUUGGAAGCCCGGAACUACUUUUGAAUUCCCUAAUACUGUUAUAUUUAGUGGUAAAUAUAAGCGAUCCAAAAAUUUAAAAUUUCAAUACAGAUGGUUGCAUACCUUUCCGUUGUUAGCGUACUCCGCAAAAUUAGAUGGUGCAUUUUGUACAUUUUGUGUAGCGUUUGCUAAAUCAGGAGCUGGCAUAAAUUCUCAAACACUAGGCGCUUUGGUUAGAAAACCUUUUCAAAAUUGGAAACAUGCAAUGGAAACGUUUAAAAAUCAUGUAACACUUCAGUAUCACAAACAAUCCGUCUUUGAUGCAGAUCAUUUCAUAGAUAUAAAAAAAAACGUACAUUUAUCUAUUGAAAAUCAAUUAGACACUGCUCGGGCACUACACAUUUUUGAAAAUAGAAUAAACAUUUCACCUGUUAUUGAAACAAUUAUCUUAUGCGGUCGACAAAAUAUACUUCUACGAGGUCACCGUGAUUUCGGAAAAUUAACCGUUGAUAAUAAUGAUGUUAACGACGGAAAUUUUCGUAAUUUAUUACGCUUUAGAGCUCGCGGUGAUGCUUCGCUCAAAUUACAUCUUGAAAGUUCUGGUACUAUAAAAUAUACAAGUCCUAUUAGUCAAAAUGCUAUAAUUGAUUCAUGCAAUUCAAUUUUACUCAAUAAAAUAGUAGCUAGAGUAAAUGAAGCGAAAUGUUUUACAGUUCUUGUCGAUGAAACUGCAGAUAUAGCCGGUCUCGAACAAGUGUCUAUUUGCGUUCGGUAUAUUGAUUUAAAAUCCUAUGAAUUACACGAAGAUUUUCUACAAUUUGUUCCAACUACUGAUGCAUCUGGAAAAGGUUUAUCAAGACUUAUACUUGACAAUCUCAGAGAGUUUGGUAUAGAUACACAAUAUCUUCGGGACCAGGGGUAUGACGGUGCAGCCGCGAUGGCUGGGAAAUAUAAUGGAGUUCAAGCUUAUAUAAAAAAAGAACAUCCUUUAGCUUUAUAUGUACAUUGCUCUGCGCAUUCCUUGAAUCUUGCUGUAUCGGUAUCAUGUAACGUUUUCCAAAUACGCAACUGUAUGGGAACAAUAGGAAAAUUGAGAGACUUUUUUGUGUUUCCGAAACGAAAAUCUGUACUGUCGAAAGCUAUUGAAAUGUCAGAAAAUAAUAUUUCUAAAAAAUCACUGAAGAGAAAUUGUGAAACUAGGUGGAUUGAAAGGUAUCAUUCAGUUAGUGAUUUUUUAGAACUGUUUGAAUGUGUAGAAGAAGCUCUUGAAGAAAUUUUCGAGUGGGAUCAUACAGACACGUCAAAUCAAGCUAGCGCUUUUCGAAAUUCAAUUCUCCAACCAGAAUUUAUAAUUACGGUAGUUACUGUUGGAAUUAUAAACAAAACACCCUAUAUAAUGUAG